AUGACCAAGCGACACAAGCCGACGUACAAGCGACACCCCGCCACGGGCUGGGUGUUUCCCCGAGACGGUUUCGACUGGGAAGACUUCGAGGUAGCUUGCCGAUAUCCGCUGUCCCCAAAGGACAUCGUGCUGAUGACCUACCCCAAGUCCGGAACGACCUGGGUGCAGCACAUGCUGUACCUUCUGGUAAGGGACAUGGUCCCCGUACCGGAAGGACGUCGACUGGACAGCUUCGUACCUUACCUGGAGAAAGGAGGACUGGACUUGCUGCGGGGACUGGACCUGUGUCCCCAGCCCAUCAAGACUCACCUGUCUUUCACGGUGAUGCCGUGGAGCGAAAAGCCGCGCUACGUCCUGGUGCUCCGCAACCCGAAGGACGUGUGCGUGUCCCUGUACCAUCACGUGCGGGGGUUCUCUCGGUAUUAUCAUUUUGACGACGGGUGCUUCGAUGACUUCUUCGAGGAGUUUAUGGAGGGCAACGUGGACUCUGGAAACUAUUUCGAUCACCUGCUGUCACUGUGGAGCCGCCGAGAAGAGUCCAACGUGCUGGUGCUCACCUAUGAGGAGCUCAGAGCAGACCCGUUGGCUGGUGUCCGACGUCUGGUGGAUCACGUCAGUUGCAGUUUUCCGGCGGACUGGCGUGAGCCCGACCUGAGGGAGCUGGUGGCGGCGAGCAGCUUCGCGGCCAUGAAGGCCCAGUCCCCGGACAAGUGGUCCAGCACACGGCCCGAGGGCGCUCCUGCCUUCAUCCGCAAGGGCCAGGUCGGGGACUGGAGGAACUACCUCACGCCGCAACAGAACGAACGGCUCGAGCGGAAGUUCCACCAGAGGCUCGCCGGCACGGGAGCAGAACACCUCUGGCCCACCGAAAUCGGACUGCCAUAAGGGCUGGAGCCAGCAUAUGGACCUGCGAAUAGGGCUGAAGUCAAAGUGACCAGGAUAAACGGUCGUAGUUACCAAUUGUAGCGUGAAAUGUUUUAAAGCAUGAAAUGCUUUUUAGCGGAACCUUCUUAGCGGGAAAAAUUACGUCACGUGAUUUCAUGGGACGUCGCGUUACAUGAUACUAUGACAUCAGGUCACGUAGCCACGUCACGUGAUUUCAAGCAACGGUACUAGCAACAUAUACUGGGGAGGGAUCAGUUUCAGAUAAAAAGGAGGCGCUCGUUUAACCGAAUUACACUCGUUACAUCUCAGCGCAACAGAGACAUUCUUUUUUCAAGAAAGCGGUAUAUUGAAAUCUGCUUUAAAAACCGGGAAAGAUAUCAUUGUACGUCCCGUUGAUUUCAGACAAACUGCGCGUCUAAUCAAUUUGAUGAAA